AUGGCUGAGAGGUCGCCGGCCCUUGCGCCCAACGGUUUUAACGGCAUGCACGAUGUUACGAGUCCUAGGAUUAAGGAAGAGACUAUGGACGAUCAUCGCGCACCAACCUUCCAGAACAUCGACUGGGCCACGCAGGCAGAGAAGGACGACGCCGACAUUACGAAGAUGUUUGCCGAUGAUGGAAAUAUGCAGAUGCCCGAGAACUUGGCCCAGUUUGGCGAGAAGGUCAUCGAUCAGGCGACCAAGGCGGACGAUGCCAUCGACUUUGAAGACAUCAGCGAUGGCGAGCUCGACUCCGAAGGCGGUUCUACCGUUGCCGCCGGCGAUGCAGGCACCUCGCAAGUCCCCGGUCUCACCGAAGACGAGGGCACCAGUCACGACACCGACCCCUUUGAUGACCUCUUUGGCGAGCCUGAAGAUGGCGUGUUUCUUCCCUCGUCUCCUCAACCCGACGAUGCUACAGCCCCGCAGCCGACCCCAGCUGCACCGCUGGAGAGUGCACCGCUUGAGAGGAAUGUCCUCACCCAGGAUGUCUCAGACGAUGAUUGGCAGAAGAUGAGCUUCGAGGAGCGCUACGCGCUCAACUUCCCCCAGGCCGAGAUGUCUAUCGACAAGUGGAUCAACCAGACCAACAGCGCGGGCUCGUCCAUGCAGAGAGCUCCCGAAAACGCCGAUGAGCUUCUCGAGCAAAAGUUUCCACAUUUCGCGAAACAUAAGACCCUUCAGUUCAACAAGCUGCUUCCUGCCUGGCCUGCGUCGUACUUGUACAAGGAACCUCUGAACAAGGACAGAGAUCCUCCUGAGUUCGUGCCCACCAAGCUAGAGCUGGAACUUGACGCGGACAGCUCCAAACUCUUCCGAAUUCCAGGGAAUGUACUUAGCGCUGUUCAUCAGAGGGCGAACUAUUCCGAUGUGGACGACUGGACGCGUCCUACCGAUGGUCCGACGUUUGAUGCUGGUGAUACCAUCUCGGACUCCGACUCGGAUGAGCUUGUUGGGGGCUACUCCUUGAACGAAAUCAGGACUAUUUGUGAUGACUGGAACUCUCUCUGCGAGCUGGCUGGACCGCCCAAGCCCGUUGCCGCCGACCAUACUGCCGACGACGACGAAGACAUGGAUGAUUGGGAUAGGGAGUUCCUGGCGUCGCAACCUAAGAAGAAACGACCCCGGUACGAGCCUGGUCUUCCGGAUAUCUCAACAUUUGACGCAACGGGCAUCGAUGACUUUGAGGCGGCGACGAGACGAUCGAGCAAGCGUGUGUGGCUCGAUCCCAGUGACCCGUAUCUUUUGAUCGAUGAUGUGCAGUCGGAGCGGCCAUCUAAGCGUCCAAAGCUGGAAGAGAAAACCAAGCGCAUGGCCAACGGCCAGCUUCGGAGAGAUGUCAUGCAUCACUUCAACCUUUCCAACGACGAUGCUUACGAGGCGCUUAAGAACAACCACAAGAGCAAGGUCCGGGCCACCCUCUCGAGCCUUGGGGUUGAGCACAGCUUGCCCGCAACCAAGUUGACCUUCCCCUUUUUCCGCACCAAGUUUGUCGGUCAGCCUUGGGAGUUCCACCGCAAGAAGUUCGAGGUCGAGAAGAUCGUGAAGCAUAACAUUGGCAUCCGUAAACCAGCUAAGGUUAGAAGAAAGGACAUCAAGGGUCGUAGCGCACAAGAAGUCUUCAAGACGACAAAGGACCUCAGCUUGAACGAUAAUUCGGCUGCUGUUCUCUUUGAGUACAGCGAACAGUUCCCUAUCAUGAUGUCGAACUUCGGCAUGGGCAGCCGAGUAAUCAACUACUACCGGCGCAAAGAACGCACCGACGAGGAGAAGAUCCCAAAACUCGACAUUGGUGAAACACACUCUCUACUGCCUGAAGACCGGUCACCAUUCAGCAUCUUCGGAACCGUAGCCCCCGGAGAGACGGUCCCUACCCUACACAACGAGAUGUACAGAGCGCCGAUCUUCAAGCAUGAGUCCAGACCCAAUGAUUUCCUUCUUGGGUACACUACAAAUGCUACCGAGGGUCCCAAGUGGUUUGUCCGGAAUAUCGACCAUGUAUUUACCGUGGGUCAAACCUUUCCGUCGAUCGAGGUUCCUGGACCCCACGCCAGAAAGGUCACCAACACUGCCAAGAACCGUCUGAAGAUGAUUGCCUUCCGCAUGAUGAAGCAAAGGCCAACACAAGACGUCUCGCUCAAGGAGAUCACACCGCACGUAUUCGAGAAAGAAGAUGCCCAGAAUCGACAGAAGAUGAAGGAAUUCCUCAACUACGACCGGGAACGCAAAACGUGGGUACUGAAAGAAGGUGAAACUCUAGCAGAUGAGUCUGCUAUUCGUACCAUGAUCAAGCCUGAAGAUGUUUGCGCGAUCGAGUCGAUGCAAGUUGGGCAGCAAUCGAUGGAGAAUGCUGGUUAUGAUGCAAAGGAUAAGUAUGAUGCGAAGGACAAGGAUGACAAUGAUGAUGGUGUGAACGAGCCUCUCGUUGUGCAGUUGGCUCCCUGGCGGAUCUCCAAGAACUUCCUCGAUGCCAGCGCUGGCAAGGCUAUGGUCGCGCUUCAUGGUGAAGGUGACCCUACCGGUCAUGGCCUAGGGUUCAGUUUCAUCAAGACCUCCAUGAAAGGCGGCUACAUCAACGCGGUUCAAGGGCCGCUGGCAACAUCGGCCGAUGCGAUCGAACGUGAGCGCAAGGCGAAUGGUGGGCACUCGUACAAUGUCAAGAAGCAGGCAGACAUGUACAAUGCAGCCAUCGCCGACAUUUGGGAGCGACAACAAACGACCCUGAGCGACGUCACCACUCAUGAUGAUGCAGAUGUUCUGGAUACAUCCAAUGAAGACGACCGGUUCAACGAGGGACAGACAGACGCAACCCCUGCUCCCCUAGAUGAUGGCCGAAGCCAAUUCAGUCGCCUUAGUACAGCUAGUCGAGGCGGCAGGCGGAAACUGAGGAUCAUCCGCAAGAAGACAGACAAGGACACUGGCGAAGUUACCAGCGAGACCGUCAUAGUGGAUGAUCCUGUGGUCAUCAGGAACUACAUCAAGGAGCGCAACCGAAUCAACGAGAAGGACAAAGAUGUGUACAACAUGAAGCUGCCACAAGACCCCGAUAAAGUCCGCGAGACGCAAAGACUUAUUGACAAGGAGCUGCAGCGCUUGCUCAAAAACCAGGACCGUCGACAGGUCCGCGAGAAGCAAGGCAAGGGGAAGAAGAAGUUUGCCAACUCCGCUGCGUCCCCGGAUCCGUCUUCUGCCGAUAAGGCGUCAGCAGGCACGACCCGGAAAUGCGCGAACUGUGGACUAGUUGGGCAUAUCAAGACGAACAAGAGGUACUGGCACCAUUGCACUCUCAUUCUUGAACGUGUCUUGUCUGCUCCUCCCCCAGUUCCUCUCUUUCAAGUUGGCCAGCGCUCUGAGAGUGAUUAG